ACAUCAUGGUCAUAUGAUGUAAUGGUGCUGUAUUUAGGGGUAUGUAUAUCCUUUCCUGAUAUCUUUUAAUUGGAUACAACCCAAAUGGUGCCAAGGAAUAAUGCAGAGUUUUUAUUCUGACCAGUAUUACCUAAAACACCAAACACCCCACGUUUUCCGUUCGAGAUUGAGCAAUCCAGAUUAUGGGUCAUCUGUGAUCUGGGCAAUAUUUUUAGCGACCCAAAAUUAUGGUUUUAUAUUCUUAAUAUUGAUUAAGUAAAUGAAAAUUUAUAUUUACAAUGAAGAUACUUCUACUUUUAUUAUUUGUUAUAAAUUUAUAAUAUAACACUAAGCAUGCAGGGUCUAUAAUAAUAGCAUCCAUCAUUUCAUAUAUGAAUUAAAAUAUGAUUUCAUAUACAAAACCAUAUUGCAUACACAUUGUAUGUAUUGGAGUGACGGAUAUGAACCUACCCCUAGCGUACCACGUAAUGGAGGAAGUAGCAAUGUAGCAUAUUGCAUGCUGGUUCCCAUACUAUGUACCAAAAUGACCCACGAUCCAGGUAACCAUGAUUCGGACACUGUUUAAAUUUUUACAACAUAGGUAAUCAUUUUGUAAAUUAAUUUCUUACUCCCAAAAUUAGUUAUUUCAAUAUUGAAGGAGUUGUUCCCAAAAGGAACAAGACAUCAACCAACAGAUUAUGAGGUUGUCUUUAAGCCCACCAGUUGCUCUGUUAUAGGAUCUUGCUAAAUCCCCUUUUUAAAUUUAGAUAAAGUCAGUAAAUGUUUUAGCUAUUAGACUAUCAAAAAUACAUCGACGGCAUCGAUUCUCAAAUUAGCAAUAUGCUGACUUUCAUUUUGUAGGAUGCCAGAGGCAAGGAGAUUGAGGAUGUAUUGAUUCUCUCGGAGAUCAUUUGUACCAUAUGGACUAUAUGGACUUGGUUCAGGGCCAUCAUCAAAGUGGUGCAGAUAUUACUAUUGCUUGUCUCCCUAUGGAUGACAGUCGUGCCUCAAACUUUGGUUUAAUGAAGAUAGACAACAAAGGAAGGGUUCUUUUCUUUAAUGAAAAGCCCAAAGGAGAGGAAUUGAAAGCAAUGGCGGUGGAUACUACAGUUUUGGGCCUUUCACGAGAGAAGGCAGAAAAGAAACCAUACAUUGCUUCCAUGGGAGUGUAUGUCUUCAAGGAGAUACUCUUGAAUCUUCUAAGGUAUGGUUUUCAAGCUGCAUAUAGAUUCUAUGAUUUUUAAAAGAAGAUGAAAUUGAAGUUUGUUAAGAAAUGUUCCCUACAUUUCUAAUCCAGUGAACCGUCACAUCUUUUGUUCGAAAUGAGUGACAACGCACAUGAAUUGGCAUGCAGAAAAUAUACUUGAAGUUCCUUGUGUGAUUCAUUACUAUUAUUA